AUGGAGAAUUACAUCUCGCCCUCGACAACAAGCCCGGCCCUUGCGGUGUCUAUCAUUCUAUCUUGUGCGGUUGCAACAUGGACUGUAUACUGUCUCUUACUCUCACCUUUACGGGACUUUCCCGGUCCUCUGCUAGCUAGGGUUUCUCCUCUAUGGAUAGUCCUGCAAUGCAGACGGGGACGGAGGUCGCAGGCUGUCUCCGACUUACAUGAGCAAUACGGAGACUUUGUUCGUAUUGCACCAAACCAUAUCUCAAUUGCGAACCCAGCGGCCGUGCAACAACUCUACGGCCACCAGUCAGGGUUCUUGAAGGGACCCUUUUAUCAAGAUAUUAUUCUACCCUUUCAUCAGGUCGAGCCAGUUCUGUUCAAUACUAGAAGCCCCCAAGUCCAUCAGCGCAAGAAGAAGAUGGUCAGCCCUGCGUUUUCGGCAAAAAGCUUGCAGGAAUUUGAGCCAUAUAUGACGAAGAAUAUGCAGAAACUCAUAAAGUCUAUCCAUGAGCAACUGCAGACAUCGGAGAGGAUCACACUAGAUUUUAACGUAUAUGCAAACUUUCUUGCUUUCGACGUCAUUGGUAAUUUCGCGUUUGGUGAAUCGUUCGGUUUCCUCGAUCGUGAGGAGGACUACUUGAACCUCAUAGAAGCAGUUAAUGCACGCGGUGAAGUCCUCAAUGCCCUCGGCCACAUUCCCCCACCCCUGAUACCCUUGGUCAAACGACUACCACUGGAUCCCUUCUGGUCGCAGGGACUUCGUGGCACACAAGCUCUCGCCGCAAUUGGAACAAAGGCCUACUUCAACCGACGUGACCAAGUCAAGUCCCGAAAAGACCUGCUCAGCUUUCUCUUCACGGCCAAAGAUCCCGAAACAGGCGAGGCCCUCGGUGAGAAAGAGAUCAUCGCCGAGUCGAUUUCAUUCAUCGUCGGAGGCAGCGACACGACCAGUACAAGCAUGGUCAAUGUCGUCGAUAUCGUGUCCCGCUCUGAGCAGAUACAGCGGCGUCUCCAAGACGAGCUGGAUGACGCUUUCCCCGGCGAGAUGUCGGAGGACUGGGUGGCGGACUUCCGGACCGUCGAGAGCCUUCCCGUUCUGAUUGCCAUCGUCCGGGAGACUAUGCGGUUUCGGCCGACGAGUGCCACUGGCCUUGAGCGGGUUACGCCUAAGGGUGGGAAGGUGGUGGCAGGGAGGCUUUUGCCUGAGGGCACCUUGGUGAGCGUACCAACUUUUAACAUCCACCACAACCCCACGGCCUUUAAGGAUCCGGAGCAAUUCCGCUUCGAGCGCUGGCUUGACGACGGCGCCUCGAAGCUGUUGGAGUCUUUCGUCCCGUUUUCGAUUGGGCCUCGUGCAUGUAUCGGUCGAAACUUUGCAUGGAUGGAGAUCCUUAAGACGCUGGCAACGAUGUUUAAACUUUACCAUUUGGAACGUGUAUCUGUUGGCGAAACUAUGCUCCGAGAAGGGUUCUUCGUGAAGACUAGGGAGUGUGAGAUUGCACUCAGAAGAAGAGUGCCUAGAGCAUAG